AUGGCAAAAGCUAUUGCAGAUGCUGGACUAACAGUGGGAUACAGUCUGGGUUUUGCAGGAGGAAUACGAAAUUCAAAGUUUCCUGUGAACGAAGUUAUGAAAGCAGUUGGACAUGUUCAGAAGUUUCGAAUAUUGCAGCGUGGUUGGUUGAGAUCUUUUAGUUUUGUUGCUGUAUUUGCAUUUUGUACAAGUUUACCCAUGUUAUGUUUUCCAUCUACUUUACCUGGUGCACACAAGGUAAGACUUGAGAAAAGUCAGGAACCUGCAAGCAUUGACAGGAGAAUUAAAAAUAAGGAAAUCAAGCCAAAUUUGAAGAGUGUUCUUCUUGCUAUUUGGUAUCUACUGAGGAACCCACUGGUGCUGACACAGACAUUCUGCAAAAUUACAGAGUCUAUGGCUUUUAAGUCAUCUUUACAUUUUUUGCCCCAAUAUUUACAAACCCGGUUUUUAAUAACACCGGCACGAGCCUCUUCACUCUCAGGUGCUGUUCUAUUUUCAGGAGGUUCAGUUGGCCGUUUUUUUGGAGGCUAUAUUGUUGACAGAUUGCAAAUGAAUAAUAAGAACAAGUUGAAAUUUAUAGCGAUAUCAUCUUUUGUGUCACUUUUGCUUUUCCUAUUAAUCUUUUUUGUGGAGUGUGAAACAGCAAAGUUUGCUGGAAUCAAUGAUGAUUAUGAUAGACUUGGUAUACUUGGAAACCUUACAGCUCCAUGCAAUGAGCACUGUGGUUGUACGACUGAUGAAUACCGUCCUGUAUGUGGAAGAGAUGAGACCCAAUAUUUCUCAGCAUGCUUUGCAGGGUGCAGAGCUUUUAAAAGCCUAAGGAACGAAAAGACAUACUACAAUUGUUCUUGCAUUAAAGAAGGAUUGACAACUGCUGAUACUGAUGGUCAAUAUAUUGAUGCUGUUUCUGGAACAUGUGAUACCAAAUGCUUUACAUUACCUUUGUUUUUUGCAUUUUACUUUACUGCAACCAUUUUUUCUAAUCUCUGUAGUAUACCAGCCUUCUUGAUUAUCAUGCAAAGUGUACCAACCAGUUGGACUUCAAUGAGCCUGGGUGUGACAUUUACAAUUUGGAGAUUCAUUGGAGCUGUCCUUGGACCAUUAGGUUUAGAAGCAACAUCAGAUUUUAAUUGCAAUUUCUGGAACAUUAAUGAAUGUGGAGAGAAAGUACAAUGUUGGAUCUACAAUGAGAGAAAUUUGGUCUACACAUUUAAGACAAUAUGGAUCAUGCUGCAAGUAUUGGCAUGCUUGCUUUGUCUUUAUGCAGUUUACAGACAUGAUUACGUGGUAAAAAACAAGACUAAGAGCCUGGCUAUAUCUGUAAAGCGUAAAAAACGAGGAACAGCAGUAGGAGGAGCAAAAGAAGGAGGAGGAGCAGAAAGAUCAGGAGUCUGCCAGCCCACCGGGCUCAGGGGCCCCUGUCCUGCUCAGAGAGCUGCAGAAGAAGAGAAGCCCUGCAGGGAUUCUGCAGGGACAGAAAAGGAACACUAG